CUCCUCAUCACCACCCUAUUCCCUCCCCCUUCUUCAUCUUCUAAUAGCACAACAUGGCUCGCAUUGGUGUGCCCAAGGACGUUGCCGCCGUCGCCGCCCCCGAGGCUGGUGGAGUUAAGCUCUUUGGCAAGUGGGACGCCCAGGAGGUUGAGGUCAAGGACAUUUCGCUCCAAGACUACAUCUCGAUCCGCAACGCCGUCUACACCCCCCACACUGCCGGUCGUUACGCCAGCAAGCAGUUCCGCAAGGCUCAGAUGCCCAUCGUGGAGCGCCUUGUCAACUCGCUCAUGAUGCACGGCCGCAACAACGGAAAGAAGCUCAUGGCCGUCCGCAUCGUCUCGCACGCCUUUGAGAUCAUCCACCUCCUCACCGACCAGAACCCCGUUCAGGUCCUCGUUGACGCCAUCAUCAACACUGGUCCCCGCGAAGACUCGACCCGUAUCGGCUCGCAGGGUACCGUCCGUCGUCAGGCCGUCGAUGUCUCGCCGCUGCGCCGUGUCAACCAGGCUAUCAACCUGCUGACCACCGGCACGCGCGAGUCGGCCUUCCGCAACGUCAAGAGCAUCAGCGAGUGCCUCGCCGAUGAGCUCAUCAACGCUGCCAAGGGUUCGUCCAACUCGUUCGCUAUCAAGAAGCGAGACGAGCUGGAGCGUGUAGCGAAGUCGAACCGUUAAAAGCAUCAAGGAGCUCGAACGGACGAUCCUGGAGGCGGUGGGGCCUCAAAGGGGGUAUCACGGUGGUUUUCGUCGGCGGGACGGAGAAUUCGCCUGGCCCUCUCAUACACUGUUUGGGAG